AUGGAGAAUUUACCGCCAAACGCUCGUCGAGCUGAGGAUCGAGAAGGAUCUGUACAUCUCGAUCCACAUCGUGAGCAUAUCCGGCGGGAAGAAAAUACAGCUUUUAAUCCGCAUCAGGAAAGGCAUAAUCGCGAACAGGAUAUGGAGUUUGAUUGUCAUAAGAUUAACUCACCGUGGCAGAAAAAGUUCACUAAGGAAAGGUCAUUCGAUCCACCUUAUCGGCCUUCAAUGGCUACAUAUGAUUAUAGGAGUUCGGAAAGAAGAUCUACAGAUCAAAGAGUCGUCACGAGGUUUGAAAAAGAGAAUGAGGCCCUCCGUUCGGCAGCGCAGAUGGUUGAUUCGCCGUUUACUAACGAGAUCCUGAAUGCUCCAAGCCUGAGGAAGUUUUCUAUGCCUGCUUUCAUUCUGUUCGACAGAACGACCGAUCCAAUUGAUCAUGUAUACCACAUUCAGUUGAAGAUGGCACUGAAGAUAGAGAAUAAUCCUUUGAUGUGCAAAUGUUUUCCUACAAGCUUAGCCGGACCAGCGCUCAACUGGUUCAAGAACCUGCCAAGGGGCUCAGUGGACAGUUUCCGUAGUUUGUGUGAUCGGUUCAUAGGCCAGUACUAUGGGAAUAAGCGCCCGGCAAAAGAUAUCUCUAGUUUGUUCACCAUGAAACAGCAUGAUGAUGAACGUCUCCAAGCUUUUCUUACCAGGUUUAACCUAACCAAAAGCAUGGUGAUAGAGUGUCAUCCUUCCGCAGCAGUUCAAACGUUCAAGUUAGCAAUGACCCGAGGGACACCGUUCUAUACCAGUCUGGUGGUGAACACGCCGAAGACAAUGGACGAGCUAAAUGAGAGAGCUGAUGGUUUUGUGCGCCUAGAAGAGGAAGAAGCAGCUAAUGCUGGGAAGACAUCUAUCAUCUCCACGGAAGAGAAGUCCAAAGUGAAGAUACGACAGAAGCAAGUUCCUACGCAGUGUCAGACCUCCUGGAAGGCAGAGAAAGGACCUAGGGAGGAUGUUUUGGUUACUCCAUUCAAAGUUACACUGGCAAGGCUGUACCAAGAGAACAAAGAUAAGUUUCACCCUCCCUUGCCAAUUAGACAACCUCUUGAGCAGAGGGAUCAAUCUAAACAUUGUGCUUUUCAUUGUGAUUUUGGUCAUCAGACUAAUGAAUGCAGAAACUUAAGGAGACAAGUGGAGAUGCUGAUCGCUAGGGGAGAGUUUGCAAGAUACGUGCAAGGGCCAGCACAGGAGCAGAGUUGA